AUGAAGAACACAACGACAACUGGUAGUUCCCCAACAACAACAACUUCUAUGGACACUGCCCUCUGCAAAGACAUUGAACAUCGUAUUAAAGCUGUAAUUCGAUAUUCAUUGAAGCGAACAGCAGAAGAAGGAGAAAAGUAUGCCAAAGAAAUGGAAAAGGAAAAAUCCAUCAAAAUGCCAAAAACAAACGAAUCCAAGUCCUACUCAUUCAAAGAUUUUCGUCCCCUCGAUUUCGGAAUACUUCGUAAACUUUGUGGAAUGAAUGAUCGUGACUACUUUGCCUCGAUUGGUCACUCCAAAUUCGAAUGGCAUGAAAUGAAUGGUAAAAGUGGUUCCAUGUUCGCUCUCACUGAAGACAGAAAACUCAUGAUAAAAACAAUUUCAAAAGAUGAAAGCAAAACCAUUCGAAAUAUAAUAGUCCCUCAAUUACUGGAAUACAUGAAGAAUGAACCCAAUACAUUCAUUGUCCCAAUUUUUGGUUUACACAAAUUUUCACUCGACAACAAAUCUGAAUUGAGAUUUGUCGUGAUGAAAUAUCUCUUUCAACCACCACACUCUUCACUACCUUCCACUCUAUUGAGUACAUCGUCUCCAUCGACGAGUAGUUCAGCAACAUCUCCCAAUUCUCCAUCCUUGGGUAGUAAUAAUGGUGGUUCGAGUGGUGGAUGGAAUGCACCACUCGGAAGCGUCGGAAUGGAAAUGGAUAAAAUUUAUGAUUUGAAAGGUUCAACCACUGACCGUACAGCAAAGGAGGGAGAAACGAUAUUGAAGGAUGUGGAUUUGAUUAAUGACAAUAUCAAAUUUAAUGUGGGACAGGAUUUGGUGACUGAAUUGUUAUUCCAAUUUAAAAAGGAUGUCAAUUUUUUAACCUCUUGUGAAGUGAUGGAUUACUCACUCGUAGUUGGUAUCACGCAUCCUAAAGAUACUGCUAUGGAUAUGGCACUUCAGAAUUGUAUCAAAUACAAUCGAGAAGAAAAAUUACGAGAUAAAUUCCAUGUCAUGGUCAACACUCAGAACAAACAAGAAUAUUACUUUUUGGGAAUUGUGGAUUAUUUCACAAAAUAUGGACUCAUGAAAAAAGCUGCGAAAAACAUUAAGAGUAUGAAGAAUGAUCCUUCAACGAUUUCAACUGUGCCACCCAGCAGCUAUUCGGAUCGAUUUAUGCAAUUUGUUUUCAAAAUAUUUGUUUAA